GUGUAGCAACAUUUUAAAAAGAAAGUGAAGUGAAAGAAAUGAAUUUACGAGAAUAGGUCGCAAGUUGCAUAGAUUUUUGGUUGAUUUCCUUUUCACUUUACUUUAGUAUUUUCUAUAAUAUCUAAUAAACUAACGUUUAUUUGUGUUUCUGCUUACGUUUUGAUUCAACGGACUUGGUACUGUACCGCCUAAAAAGGGAUAAGUACGAGAGUGAACAGCAUCUUAUUGAUUUUCUUUCCUUGCAUAUGCUUUCAACCAACGCGAGCUGAAGUUCAUAUUACGUGUGAGAAAUCUAUGUUCUAAUUCAGAUUUAUCUGUUUUAAACCUCCUGGGCUCCAUUCCGGUGACAUUUCUUUCAUUUCGGUGUAAAUAUUUUAGUGAAAAUGAUGGCUAAUACACUUGAUGCCGUAAAUGCAAAUCAGCCUACGCAAAAUGGUAGUAAAGUUCAACCAUGCAAUAAUGAAUCUAAGACUAAUCUUAUAGUUAAUUAUCUGCCACAAACAAUGACUCAAGAAGAGAUAAGAUCACUAUUUUCGAGUGUAGGUGAAGUAGAGAGUUGCAAGUUAAUAAGAGACAAGGUUACCGUAUUUCCCGACCACAUUCUCAAUGGACAAAGUCUGGGAUAUGCCUUCGUCAAUUACCAUAAGCCUGAAGAUGCUGAAAAGGCAGUGAACACACUGAAUGGUCUUCGAUUACAAAAUAAAAUCAUAAAAGUGUCUUACGCCCGUCCGAGCUCCGAUGCCAUUAAAGGCGCCAAUCUAUACGUUUCUGGUUUGCCUAAACACAUGACACAGCAAGAUUUGGAGAAGCUGUUUAGCCCUUAUGGCACAAUAAUCAGUUCCAGGAUCCUACAUGAGAAUGUAAAUGUAGGGCAUUUACUGCAAGCAGGAAUUGAUGAGCAAAGUCUUCAGGGACCAUCAAGAGGUGUAGCAUUUAUAAGAUACGACCAGAGAAUUGAAGCUGAGAGUGCUAUACGUGAGCUGAACGGUACUGUACCACCAGGAGGUACAGGGCCUAUGACAGUGAAAUGUGCAAAUAAUCCAAGUAACCAGAACAAGGCACUUGCUCCAUUAGCUACAUACUUGGCUCCACCUACUGUUCGCCGUUUCCUAGGGCCUGCUGGUAAGGCUCUUCUUGCUAUUAAUAAAGGUCUCCAGCGGUACUCUCCAUUAGCUGAUCCUCUUGUACAAGGUAAUGCUUUGGGGGGUUCGGGUUGGUGCAUCUUUGUGUACAAUAUUGGAGCUGAUACAGAAGAAAGCAUUCUUUGGCAAUUAUUCGGCCCAUUCGGUGCCGUCCAGAGUGUUAAGAUAAUAAGAGAUCCCACAACCAACAAGUGUAAAGGUUAUGGUUUUGUUACUAUGACUAACUAUGAUGAAGCCGUUGUAGCUAUUCAGUCAUUGAACGGCUACUCCUUAAAUGGUCAAGUGCUGCAGGUCAGCUUCAAAACCAAUAAGAGUAAAUCCUAAACUAUUUAAAAUCUAGUCAAUAAAUUGUAGUUAAUGCAAAAUGUUGAUCUUAAACUCUGUCAUGGUUUGUCAUCUGUUUGAUUAAUCUAGCAUUGUUAGGUAAUAGUGAUGCAAAUCAUGACAUGACACCAAUUCUAAACCAGUGUUCAUUAUAAAAGUACAAACAAACUUGUCACACAUAAGUAACAUCACAGUAAUGGCUAAGGAAAGUAUUAUUUAAAAGACGAUAAGGACAAUUCACACAUUUAAGAGCUAAAUCAUUUCAAUGUCCAACUUUGUGACUAAGCUGGUCUAUAUGUCACUCAUUCACUUGUCUUAUUCCAUUAAAUUUCUAAUAGAGUAACAGUGAAUAAAUAAACUAUAAUACUCUUUAAUUGUAAAAGGUCAGAUGUUUGCAUAAUUAUGACAAAAUAAAUAAUCUUGUGACUUAAAAUGUUGAGAUAUGUAAUGCUCGCUACUUUUACAAUGAUGACUCUUCGACUCUGAUGUUUAUUACUCCAUGACAUCCAUUUAGUCCUAAAUCUAAUAUGUAAAGAUUGUAAGGAGGAUGUAAGUAAUUUUAAAUAAACACAGAUAAAAAAUAGUGAACAUCAGAAAUAUUGUCCACAUUUUACCUUUCCAUAAAGCUAAUGAAUAAUAAUUGACAUAAAAAAUAAUGUUGAUAGAUCAUUAUCUGAAAUAAAAAGAAAAUAUUUAUUUUUACAAAUAUCACCAGUGCAAUAUUAAAAUUUACUAUAAGUAAAAAAAAUUAAAAUAUAUAUUAUGAUAACAGUGCAAUUAUAAACAUCUAUUUAUACAUGGAAAUAGUAAUUCAGCAAUAAUAUAUUGUAUAUUUAAAAACAAAAAUGUACACCUAAUGUGUUUUUGUGUAAGUCUACCAAAGAUGUCAAAAAUAUGACUGAUUUAAUCAUUAGAUUAAAUAUUCAUGAAUACAUUAUGUAUAAACUACUUCCAUAGAAGCUUCUAUUUUAAUUAAAAAAUUAAAUAGGGAUCUAUCAUUAAUUAAUGAUUAUCUGGAGCUUGACUCGUGCACAAAGUCCUAUGUAAGAUUUAUUAAAAAUCACUUAUAUAGAGCCAUAUUAAUUAAAUAUGUACCUAAUUUAAAUUUUAACUUUUGUUUGCUUAUUAAACUUCUAUGGAUAAAAAUGUUUGCUUUGACAAAAUGCAUUUCAAUCAGCCAAAUAUCUCAAUCAAAAUUAUGAUGUUGGAGGACCAUGACGAAAAAAUUUUAAUCGAUCAACAUUUUAUGAAACGAAAUUUUGUAAUCUUGAAUAUGACGCAUUCUAUUUGCGGCCACAUUUGUAUGUUUAUAUUAGGAGUCAAGUUGUUUAAAAUGUUUUCUGGAGGAUACCAUCUCGAAUAUUUUGCUUCAAGCAACUCCUGGUUAUCCUUCAAGAACAGUCUUUUAAAUAGAUCCCGGUGAUAUAGAAUUUAACAUGUAAAGACUAGCUCUCAUGGGUGUCUAAGUAUAAUGGCUAUGAGGCUUUUGUAGUGUGUUGCAAAGCAUAGGAGAUCUGAAAUGACCUAUGUUCUUGCUAUUUGACUUUCAUGAUAUUGUCUCUCUAAUUCAUUUGAUUGUAUAAUCGCUAUUUAUUAUUACAUUUAAGUAAUGUAUAAUUCAUAAUUUAUUAUCGUAUUAGUAAAUAGUACUAUUAUAGAUUUCUUUUGAUGUUAUAAUUAUUAAUAUAUUGUAUUAGCGUAAGUUCAAAAUUAGUUGGGUAUAAAAUAAUCAGUAAUUCAACCUUAUAAGAUACCUUAUACCUUUCUCAUUAUUUAUAUUUAAUGCAAACUAUUCAUGUUUAGUAGUUUUUCGUAAUAGCUAAAUUAUUUCUAGAUAAAUGAUAAACGCAUAUCAUUGACAAGUACUGCUGUGGUCAGAAUUUCUCAAAUGUAUGGGGCUUGUAUAAUGCAUUUUUGUAAUAAGUAUUUUUAAUUUCUAUAAAAGUUAACGCACAUCAUUCACGUUGCUGAGCCGGAAUAUGUACGAUCUGAAUUAAUUAAGUCGAUAUUCUCGCGAUUUUUAUAGAAUAAUGACUGAGUAUAUGUCUCUAUUCAUAUUUUUUAUGGACAUGAAGUGGACAGUCAACGUAUCUGAUGUGAGUGUAUUAAGGUUACUACUGGUAAGUAUAAAUAUUUCAUUAAGAUAAAUAAUUAUUUAUUAAAGUACUUAACUUCAUUGUACUAGUCACUUAUAAUUUGCGCAACGUUAAAUGUUUAAGUACCUUAAGUAUUUAAAAAUAAAACUGUGUUCUGUAAUUUAAAUGUAGCUUAGGUUUUGGUUUAAAAUUAUGUUGGUGUGGUGUUUUUACAUAAGUAUAAUACGAAGCACACGAAAUUAUAACGAAUGGUGUGUACAAAACUAGUCACAGGUAAAUGUACCUCACAAUAGAUAUAUUUCAAAAUAUUUUGGGUUGUAAACAAAAAUUUUGCAAGUGCCGCACUUCAAAUUAGAUUUUUCUGUAUUUUUUUUUAAUAUCAAUACUACUCACUUAAAUGUAUGUAAUACUCGCACGAAAUUUCAGAUUAAUGUAGUACAAAGUAGAUUAAUUACUAUUCUAAUUACAUUUUCUUUUCUUUUUGUCAAUCACAGCGCUCGUAUCACUCAUUAUUAGUACAUUUUGUGAUCUAUAUUACAGUUAUAUUAUUAUAAGAACAUUCGUAAUUACCCCUUUAAUUAUAUAAGGAAAGACUAAAGUAAAUGUCACGAAUAAAUACAUUUCAGUGCAUGAAUCUCAAAAAUAAAUUUGUAUCCAUUUAAAUUAGUUAAAGAUAAAGUUCUUCCACGUCUUUAACAAUAAUGAUAAGUAAUUAUUAAAUGUUACCGAUAUAUUUCUUACACUAAACAAACAUCGAAUUACUAACUCAGACAAAUAAAUAUUAAUGUGCUCAAAAUAAGUAAAUGUUAACGCCCAAAAUAUUUUGGAUUAUGAAUUUAAAAGUAUAGCAUAGUUCGUGUUGUGUUGUCCCUGACUUGAAUAUAUGCUUACAAUCGAAUGAAGAAGCACAGCGUUAUAUGAGAAUGUUCACGCCAAUAUCGUUUUUAUCGCCAUCCAUACACCGACUAAAAUGGUUAACACCAUUUUGGCGGAAUCGAUUAAAAACGCACCUGACCCAUUUAUUGUUUUGUUUUUUUAAUUUUUUCGUGCUAUUUAUUUGUUUAGUAUAGUAUCAGUUAUUAACUAACAUAUUCAAUUUUAAGCGAUUAUUUAUCCCUAACAUUUAAUAAAUUUUGUUUAUUUAUUUUUUUGUUCUGGGCAGGUUUGGGUUCUGUAACGUAAGGUUUGGCCUAGGACAUAGAUAGAAUUGUAAGACAGAGUACAAAUCGCCGACAAUGUGUUGAAAUGUUUGGCUUACAAUACAUUAAUCUUGAAAUGUCAACGAAUGUAAUCUGAGUAGGGAAUAUUGAUAUAGACAUUAAAUAUCGACAUUAGCAAUAAUGUAAAAAA